AUGUCUCCGCCCUUUGAAUCUCUUUUGUUUGCUGACGAUUUGAUUUUGGUCCAAGGCAUUCUUCCCUUUGUUGGUGUUGGACAGUACGCGUUUGUAGGAGCUGUCAACAAAAAGAUGAAUCAACUGUACAAAGAGUACUGCAAAGUUGAACUCAAGAAAAAUCCAAGAAAGGUAAAAGAUAAGCGUGGAUAUAUACCAAUUCCGGACAGUCGCUCUGCGGAAAGCACGGACACUCUUUGCAGCGAAACAUUCUGUAACCAGCCACGUGCAGAAUACUGGCUCAAGGACAAUUCCAGCAACAAAACACCUGAUCUCGCGAAUGUUUGCAAUGUGAUUGCCAGAUAUGGAAAUAUUAUGGUCAUGAAAUGGGCACGGCAACAAGGAUUCUAUUGGAGUGAGCGGACAUGUGCUGCAGCGGCUAGAAAUGGACAUUUUGAAUUACUCCAUUGGUUAAGAGAGAAUGGUUGUCCAUGGAGUGAGCGGACAUGUGAGUACGCUGCUGACGGUGGCAAUUUGGACAUUUUAAAGUGGGCUCGCGAAAAUGGCUGUGCAUGGAAUGAGCGGACAUGCUGGAGUGCUGCUCAUGGUGGUCAUUUGGAAAUUUUGAAGUGGGCUCGUGCAAAUGGUUGUCCAUGGGAUGCUUUGACAUGUUCUUUUGCUGCUGGAAAUGGCCAUUUGGAGAUUUUGAAGUGGGCUAAUGAAAAUGGUUGUCCAUGGAAUGAGCAGACAUGUGGCUGUGCUGCUAAAGAUGGCCAUUUUCAAAUUCUAAAGUGGUUGCACGCACAUGGUUGUCCAUGGAAUGAGGCGACAUUGCUGCUGAAAAUGCCAUUGGAGAUUUUGAAGUGGGCUGAUGAAAAUGGUUGUCCAUGGAAUGAGCGAACAUGUGGCGGUGCUGCAAAAAAUGGCCAUUUUGAAAUUCUAAAGUGGUUGCACGCAAAUGGUUGUCCAUGGGAUAAAGUGACAUGCUGGGCUGCUGCUAAAAAUGGGCAUUUUGAAAUUCUAAAGUGGGCUCGUGCAAAUGGUUGUCCUUGGAAUGCGGAUACAUGUGCUCGUGCUGCUGAAAAUGGGCAUUUGGAAAUUUUGAAGUGGGCUCGUGAAAAUGGUUGUCCAUGGAGUGCAUCAACAUAUCGAGCUGCCUGCCUGUUCAACCAAAAGGAAGUGAUCCAGUGGCUACGUGACAAUGGCUGCCCUGGGUCUCGUGAAGAAGGGCGGUAA